UCAUAUACAUAUAUUACAUAAACCAAGUGAAGUAAAAUAAUUUUUUAUUUCAAGUUAGAAAUUUAAACAAUUAUUUUUGUUGGAUAAUAGAAAAAUUAUGACAAGUGGAGGUGAAACAUUUCCAGCAGUGGAUGCUGAAAAAGAAUUGAAUCCACAAAAUAAUAAAGAAUUUCAAGUUGAUUCAGUAUCAUCACAAGUUGCUUCCUCACUUGAAAAAGAGACAAAGGAAAAAUUGGAGAAAAUGAAAAAAGAAAAAGAUAGAAAGGAUGCAAUACAAAAUUUCAAGACUACUAUGAUUAUCUCUGGAGUUGUUAUUGCUGUUGCUGGUGCUAUUUUUGCCAUUACCAAAAGGCUCAAGGAGAAAAAUUAGUAUUUAUUUAUUUAUUUAUUUAUUUAUAUUGUUUGGUACUUUUUUUUUUUUUAAUAUUCACGAAAUUCAUACAUAUAAACUUUUUGCUAAUAUUUACUUAUGUUUUAUCAUUUUGGAUAAUGUGUGUGAGGACAAUUUUGAUAGGUGUAUACAUUGAAUUGGGAUUGUUUAAAAUGUCAAUUGAUUUUUGAGCUAUUGAUCAAAUGUGAAUCUAGUUAAAUAUAUUUAACUUUGAA